AUGUUUUGCAGUGUGGGCGUGUUUGACAGCUGCUUGGUGCAUCUGGAGCUCAAAAACUUGCAUUGUAAGGAGAAGAAGAAGCUCAAACUAGUGGCGACAAAGAACGGAGGCAACAUUUCUUCCACAAUCAACAAACUGUGCACUCUGGCAGUGACCUCCAACUUCUCUGACGUGCUGUGCAGCAUCCAGAAGAACCAGACAUCGGUGGUCCACUUUGAUUAUCUGUACAAACGUGAGCACCGUCUUCUGUCAGUGGAUGAGUGGAAGAUGGACACUUCAUCAUCUCCAGGUCUUCCUCCCUCCAAACUUUCAAAAGGUCCGAUCUCAUCAGAGGGACCAGCUGUUGAAAAAAACAAUCUGGAGUUCAGAAUCUACAAAGAGUCGGAUUCUGCUCUCCCAGCAUUCCCCGAUGAUUUCCAGGUGGCGAAGUACUCCGUUUUCGGACAGGAGAAUGGCAGCAGGUUUUGUGUGUUGGAGCUGCAGAGCGCCAAAGGCGAGCAGGGACGGCGCUAUCGUGUGGCCAGAUACUGGAAGGACGACGUGUUGUCGAAGAAGGCAGCUGUGAUGGAUCGGCUGGUGUUCCUGUCCACCUCAGAAGAAGCUGUGGACGUUUACAAGGAGCUGAGUGAAGAACUGGAGCGCUCUGAGCUGCAGAGGAUGAGCAGCUUACCUGCUGACGCGCCACACCUGGGCUCUACCCCCCUGGAGCAGCUGUUGUUGGAGGAAAAGCUGAGCUCCGGUGAUUUGUCCCCUGACGUGGCGGCGUUUGUGGAGCUUCUGUGGACCGAAGCUCACGGUUGCCUUGAGAACGUCCUCAGAGUUCCCAUCUCCGAUCUCAGCCUGAACGAUGUGAGCAGAGCUGAAGGCCUUCUGCUUCAGGCUCAGAGGAAACUGAAGGAGGGAAACGAGGAAGAGACGUUGUCUCUCCUGGACGAGGUUUUCUUCCUGCUGCCUCACCAGGAGCCCAGACCUCAGUCACCUAAAGCCUGGUUUCUGUCUCAGAAGCUGGAUCUCUGUCAGUUAAUCCGAGAUGUUUUGAACGUGAGCGAGAUGACCAUGAACAACCCGAAGCCGUCCUCUGUGGGGAAGUACCGCGCACUUCGCUGCGGCAUGGAAGCUGUUUCCCAGUCAAGCUUAGAGUUCCAGAACAUCGCCGCCCUGCUGGCUGACAGGCCUGUGCAGAUCCAGCAGAUCAUCCGUGUCAGCAGAGCGAAGGAGCUUCAAAGGUUUCGGAGCGAGAUUGGGAACAUUAAGCCCCUCCUCCAUGCGUCCAGACCCAGUAACUUUGUAGGAAUCUUGUCCAGAGGUCUGCUGCUUCCUCGUGCUGUAGUGGAGCAACAUGGGAUUACGAGAACAGACUACGGGAAACUUGGCAGCGGGAUUUACUUCGGUGAUGCUGUGAGCACCAGUCUGAAGUACGCCCAACCCAGUGAAACAAAUGGAUCUCGCUUCCUGCUGGUCUGUGAUGUGGCUAUGGGGGUUUGUAAGGACCUUACUGAAGAACACAAGACUCUGACUGACGCUCCUCAGGGCUACCACAGCGUUCAUGCAGUCCGACGUGCCAUCAACCCAACAUCUGAUUUUGAGGAUGACGAGUAUGUAGUUUACUCUCUUGACCAAGUGAAGAUGAAGUAUGUAGUUCAGUUCAGAGUGGAAGGAGACGAGCAGAAGAAUUUCAGUCCGGACAUCAACCUGACUGCAGAACCCAUUGAGCCUGCCGAGAACCCGGAUCUCACUUCAGAUUAUGUUGAAGAAGAUCUAGAAAAUGUGAAGAACCCUCUGAAACGUAUUAAAGCUGGACUGAUGGACAGUUCAGGCCAGCAGCUCCCCCUGCAGGCCGUCCAUGUGAAGUGCAAACUGAUGGAUCUGCUCUGCCAGGUCAUCAUCUUCCAGAAAUACACCAAUCAGAGCUCAGAGCCCAUCGAGGCGAAGUACGUCUUCCCGCUGGACUUGGCUGCCGUGUGCGGAUUUGAAGCUUUCAUCAAUGGGAAACACUUGGUGGGAGAGGUGAAGGAGAAGGCGGCGGCUCACAAGGAGUACAAACAGGCGAUAGCAAAAGGCCACGGAGCGUACCUCAUGGACCAGAGCGCACCAGAUGUGUUCACCAUCAGCGUGGGCAACCUGCCGCCUGGCGCCACCGUCCUCAUUAAGGUGACCUUUGUGUCAGAGCUGGUGGUCAGAGACGGGAGCCUCCUGUUCUCCCUGCCGGGCAGCGUGGCUCCAUGGCAGAAGAGCUCCGCCCUCAACGAGAAAACACAGGACGCUUUGAAGAAGGUUUGUGUGACCAAUGAAGCAGCAAGAGAGUUUAUGUUGGACAUGUCGGUGGAGAUGCCCUUUGAGAUCUCUAACCUGACGUGCAUCACCCAUCAAGUAAAAAUUAAGAGGAAGGACCGUAAGGCGGUGAUCAGUGUUCUGCCGGGUCAGGUCAUCGGGUCAGAUGGUUUCCAGAUGUCUGUCACUCUCUCUGAGGUUCAUCUUCCCAGAAUGUGGGUGGAGAAACACCCAGACAAGGACAGCCAGGCCUGCAUGCUGGUUUUCUACCCAAACUUUGAGUUUGACUCCAGCUCUGAAGGCAGUGAAGUUGUUCUUUUGCUGGACACGUCUGAGUCCAUGAAGGGGGAAUCGUUCCAGCUGGCCCAGAAAAUCGCCCUGCAGGUUUUAAAGACUCUGAAGAACGACGUCAAAAUCAACAUUGUUUUGUUUGGAACAGAUUAUAAAGAAGCUUUCCUGACGGCCCAGAAGCUAGACAAAGUUGAAGCUGAAGCCAAGGCGUUCAUCAAGAGCUGCUCCUCAGAAGGGGGCAGCACUGAGCUGUGGCAGCCUCUCCGGGCGCUCAGCCUACUGCCGCCGUCCGGCAGCAUUCGAAAUCUGCUGCUGCUGUCAGACGGCCACAUCCAGAACGCGGCGGCCACCCUGCAGCUACUCAGAGACAACGUCCAGCACAGUCGUCUCUUCACCUGCGGCUUCAGCUCCACAGCAAAUCGCCACAUGUUGAGAGCCCUGGCUCAGGCAGGGGGCGGAGCUUAUGAGUUUUUCGACUCUAAAGCGAAGUACACCUGGGCUGACAAGGUGGAGCGCCAGGUGAAGCGCAUGUCGUCUCCCGGCUGCAGCUCCGUCUCCGUGAAGUGGCAGCAGUUCAACCCCAGAGCUCCUCCAGUUCAAGCCCCGAAACAGCUGACCGCUCUGUUCAACGACUGCCACACGCUGGUUUAUGGCUUUGUGCCCCACUGCACUCAGGCGACUCUUCUUGGAGAUUUGCGUGGUCAGGAGCUUCAAACCAUGGUGUCAACAACAGAGCUGCAGAAGACCAGAGGAACGUUUCUUCAUAAGCUCACAGCAAGAGCCCUGAUCAGAGACUACGAGGAUGGAAACCUUGAUAUCACUGAAGCUGAACACGAGGGUAAAAAAGCAGAGCUGAAGUCCUUCAUCAUCGAUCUGAGCAAAGAGUUCUCCAUACUGUCUCAGUUCACCAGCUUCGUGGCCAUCGAAGAGAGGGAUUCUGAGAAGGCAGACGAUGGAGUCACAGACAUCCCAAAGCUGAUCGCAGAGGAGGAUGUGGACUUCUUGCCAAACAUCAACUGGAGUCUUCCUGAGCACAUAGAAAUAAUUGUGGUUUGUGAUGUAGAGUUAUCUGAAGAAAGCGAUCCCGAGAGUUUACGUCAUUCAACUUCUGUUGCCACUGCAGAGACAUCUGAAGAGAGCGAUGAUGAUAUGCUGGUUUAUCCAGAGUGCUUCAAUACUGAAGAGCCUCUGAUGCUGGUUUAUCCAGAGUCCUUCGAUAUUGAAGAGCCUGAGUUUGGCUGCUGUGGCCCACUCCCCGAACCAGAAGCAGAUGACAAUCAAAUCUACUCUUCUUCCACACUCUUAAGCUGUAAUGACGUAAAACUCGUAGAUAAGUUGACGGAGAGUUUUUUAGUGAUCAGGAGGACCUCCGAUCCGGACCGACAUCUUGAAUCACCAACUGAAAUACUUGCUCUCUCGAUCAUCUACAGUGUGCAGUGCAGCUCUGCAACCUCUCCUUUUCUAAGGAAAUUCAGGUCCAGAGGUCCAGACCCAGAAGAGCAGAAGCUGAAGUGGACAAAGAUCUUCCAGCUGCAGCAGGCGGAUGGAUACUGGGAGUUCACUGUUGAGCUGGGAGAACUGAUCAACGUCAACGUGGAUGUGUUCGCUAACGUGUUCCUAAAGAACAAAAGCAUUCUUUCUCUGGGUGCAAAGGUCAACACAGGAAUCAGGAGGCUGGUGGCGACUCUGUUGGUUCUGCAGCUGAUGAGGGAGGAGAAGCUGGAGGAAGGAAAACUGCUGCAGAGUCUGUUUCACCUGAAGGAGCCGACUGGGUCCAGGUCUGAGCGCUGGCAGCAGGUGAAGAAGGCAGUGGACUGGGUACGCUGGGCCGACCGGCAGUAUCCGUACGCCUGCAGGCAGCUGGAGUUCGGUUUAAGCUGGGAGCCUGCCCUUCACCAGCUGCUGUAUUCAGGGGACUGACCGCACCAAUCUUCUGCACUGACUGGUUGAUGCAGCACUUUCUGAGGAAUGUAUCUGUCAUCAUGUUUUGUGUUUUGCUUUUUAUCUGCUUCAGCUUGUGUGCAAAAAGCUAAAGAAGAUCCCACAUUGAAUUUUUUUUUUUUAAAUGACCUGAAAAAAUUUUAAAACAGGAGAGAAAGGAAGAGAAAUCUUCACAUUUCACCCACUUAAACGAUACAAAAUUAAUAAAAUUACAAACAAAACUUAACAAUCAGACCCUUUAUUUGUAUUUUUUUGCUAAAACUAAGAAUAGGUCAAAAUUUGUUUGGGAAACUUUUGAAGUUCAAUUCUUGUGUUUUAAAGCUAAUCUUUUUUUUUGUGGAGAAAUUAGCUGAUAUUUGAACUUUCAGGUUGUACAUUCAUUUGGAGAUGGUUUAAAACUAAGAUAUGAGCUUUUUUUCUUUAUUUUUUCUUUUUUAUUAUAGUCUUUUGAGCAGUUUAUGAGCUUUGGGUCAAACCGGCGUUAAUACUUUUCUUUACAUAUAAAAUUUGUUUUCGCCUGAUAAUGGUAACAGUGAUAAAAAUAUAAAAUGGCAAAAAUAAUCCUGACCUAUUUGCAGUAACAUUUAAUCUAAAGCAACAUUUUUCACUAUGUUUGGCAGUAAUAUAAUAUUUUAUGUCAAAAACAAUUGUCCAUAGAAUCUUACUAAGGUGGUUUGUCUUUGUACCUAUGUUUCUCAUGCUGGUGAUGGUUUUUGAGUUUGUCUUUUAAAUUUGGGUGAUAAUGUAGAUGGUAAUCAGAGAAUUAAAUGAACAAACCCAACGUUCUGAUCACGUAUUUGUUUUAAUCACCUCACCUUGUGAAACUUUGUUGAAACUUUGUCAUUUUUGAUGAACUUUUGCAUCUAACUGUUUAGAACCUGUAAAAACCAGAUAAUAAAGCAACCAGUGCUGAAAUAAAACAGGCAUCUUUAACUAACUUACCAACAUAUUUACACACCAACGUCCCUACAGGUUCACUUCAUCUAAACAGGCUCAAAUUUCCCAAGAAGUGAGCGGCUGCAUCCAAAUACUGACCUGAAAUUAUUUUUAUUUUCGAUGUCUUAUGUUACAUAUUAAAAAACCGUCUGUACUAUGAAUGGUGUGAAAAAUGUCAUACUAUGCUGUCAUGGUCUA